UGGCGUUUCUGGGUAACGCGGAGCCGAUCGCGAUCGGACUCGGUUUUACAGGAAAAACGAGAACAGUGCGUCGCGAUGCUUGCAGUACCGUCAAGACGUCGAGGAUGAUGUCGCGACGCGAUCGUUUCUUCGUCGUUCUUGCUCUUUUUUGUGCCGUCGCUGGUUUCGUUCACGCGAUCUACGAUCCUAAAGAAGCGACAACAAAGCGACCAAAACGACGAGAACAAGUUCUCCCAUGGUAUUCUUCAGAUAAAGAUGACAUCGAUUCCAACGAAGAAUCCGAUCCAUCGCGUUCUCCAAAAUGGCAACUGGAUCCAGAUGAUCCGAUACCAAGGGAACCUUUCCUCGUGGAUACUGGAACGAAGAACUGGAGUCCUUGGAAAAAGAAUCCUGGAAGUGAAAUUGAACAGAGAACCGAGCUUAGUAGUGACCGACAAACUCCAACGAAUUUCGAACAAAAUAAAGAUUAUCCCUUGGAAUACAGUCAAUUUGAACAACAAGAGAACCAAAGGUUCCCUUCAAAACCGAGUGAUUCUCAUAAGCAGGAGGAAAAAUGGAAGAAGCAGAAAAUUCCUGAGGGAAAAGACUCGCAGUCGAAAAUAAAGAAUGAUCAGGAAUUUUAUGAAGGAAUACCUCCAGAUAGCACGAAACCUCGAAAAGAAGAAAUUCUCCUCUCACCGAAACCAAAAUCCAUAGUGGCCCGAUAUGACCCCAAAACUGGUGUCCAGUGUCCAGAUUCCGACUCGACUGGCCAAUUCGUAUAUCCUCCAGAUUGCAAGUUCUUCGUGAACUGCUGGAAUGGCAGAGCUUUCGUCCAGCCUUGUGCUCCUGGUACCCUUUUCAACCCAGACACUUUGGAAUGCGAUUUUCCACACAAAGUCAAGUGUUAUGGAGGAGAAGUGGCUGAUUUUCCAACAAACGACCAUUUGGAGUCAUCAGGGAAACAGGAACCAUUGUCAUCAGGUGGCCAUCUGAAAAAUGAACGAUUACAAGAACCACAAUGUCCACCUUAUUUAACAGGGAUGCUACCCCAUCCCUCGAAUUGUACAAAAUAUUUGCAAUGUGCCCAUGGUGGAACGUAUAUCAUGGACUGUGGCCCUGGCACUGUCUUUAAUCCUGCUAUCAGCGUUUGCGAUUGGCCUCGCAACGUAAGGGGUUGCGAAGAUGCUUUAAUACCUAAAGAAGAAAACACAACGCCAUGGCAUCCUCCCGAAUACGAAGAUUACGAAUAUAAAAAACCAGGAUACAACCAAAAGCCGCCAAUAAAUCAGAUUAAAUGUCCCCCGGGUUAUACGGGAUAUUUGCCUCAUCCGGAAACAUGCAAGAAGUUCCUCCAAUGUGACCAUGGAGGAACUUUCAUCAUGGAUUGUGGCCCUGGAACGGCAUUCAACCCUGCGAUAUCCGUUUGUGAUUGGCCCUAUAAUGUACCUAGCUGUAAUGAAAAUAAACCAAUUGGUACAACAACAAAUCCACCUUGGGCCUCUCAAAGUCAUCCAGGAUCAAGACCACCUUGGAUGCACCCAGGUACCCCGUCACCUGGACUCCCAACUUAUCCCAUGUCAACCACAGCUCCUCCAGAAACUGACUGGGAGUCAUUAAGACCAACCUCGAGACCAAGCUGGAAGCCCAGCACAUGGACGACUGCAAAACCUUCAGGAACAGACUGGGAUUCUCUGAGACCUACUUGGAUACCAAGCUUGAAACCAUCUACCUGGACCACUCCCACACCACCUUAUUCUCACGGUCGUCAUCAUGGCACUCAUGGACACAACGAUGGUAGCUUGCACUAUGCAGACAAUGAUGAACAUACACACAAGGAACACGAUCGUUGGGAUCAAUCAACACUCCCAAGUUAUCCACAAUGGCACCAUAAUCAUGGAACCAAUGAUCAGAGUGGACACCAUCACCAUCAUCACGAACAUCAUUAUUAUCCACACAAUCCAACUUAUGAUCCCAAUAUAAAUACUGAAACUCAGCAACCUUCUCCAUAUCCCCAAAGACCCAGUCCAGAAACUCCUCAAGGAAACUGGCACCAUACUUCUGGGUAUCAUCAUGAUCAUCAUCAUCAUCAUCACAGACCUUAUUACCAUGAUGGAUCUGGAGGAACUGAUCAGCGAACUGAAGUUCCUGUUGAUCCUAGUAGAGGGGAUCGAAGAGAAGAUUCUGCUUCACAGUAUCCCCAUGACCAUCGUCAUCAUGGACCUUACUACCAUGAUGGAUCUGGAGAAACUGAUGAACAGACUCAACUUCCUGUUGAUCCUAGUAGAGGGGAUCGAAGAGAAGAUUCUGCUUCACAGUAUCCCCAUGACCAUCGUCAUCAUGGACCUUACUACCAUGAUGGGUCUGGAGAAACUGAUCAGCAGACUCAAGUUCCUUUUGGUCAGAGACAGGAUCCUACUGGAAGAUUUGAUUAUUCGAAUACUGGAAGUAACGUACCUGGGAAUAGGAGAAAUGGUCAGGAGUUCACUCCUAAUAGACAGGAAUAUGGAAGGACGAAUCCUGGGUUCUCGCAUCCAGUGCCUCCACCUGGACAGAAUUUUUAUGUGGAUGGUAAUUACCAGUUGCCUGACAAUGAGUCGAAUUUAAAUACUCAGGUGAUGCAAAAUAAAACGAAUUGGACAAAACCUACUCCGACAGGAAGUAGACUAAUUCCUAGCAGCUGGAGCCAGUUGAGUCCAGGACAAUCGCAGAUGCCUUCGUCAUCUAAUCGACGAUGGGAUCAAGGUGUUGCUAACGAAGACGACAAAAGGGGAAAUAGAACUAAUAUUAAUCUAAAUACGACUGACAGAGCAGUGGAUACGAAGUUAAAUCUAUGGCCUUCAAAACCAAAUAUAUUGGAACAUAAUAAGAGACAACACCGACUAGGUGUUAAAGGUGGUACAUAUAAUUCAUCAAAGCCUCUGUACCCAAGUAACAUAUACGUGGACAUAAAUGGUACAAGAGCUCACUUUAUCACAAAAGGAAUUGAAGUAAACCAGGGUCACUCAAAAAUAAAUACCUAUAGACCAAACGACAUCCCUCGUUUGAAUGAAUCUCGUAAAAUUGAUCAGAACAUUUAUAUUGAUUCUCACACACCUAUCUUUGAUCAGAUACCGUCAUUGGCUCUUCAACCACCAUAUUACACGCCUGAUAACGAAUCGUCAAUUUAUAGACAGGGUCAUAGGACUCCUAAACAUUAUCCGUUGAAUGCAUCUUCUGGCUUUGGAGAUUUAAAUGGUUCUGGUUCCGAUUACCACCGCGUGGCCGUACCAUCAGUCAAUCUUCAGCCUCCACCCUACCCAAUUAAUCAAUCAUUAAUUUUUCCAUUUUUCACAAAUAUUUCAAGGGUUGACAUUUAUUAUCCAGCUGUGCCAGCUACAAAUUUGCAACCACCUCCCAGGCCUCCUCGUUUAAAUUCUACUUUUCCAAUUGGAUGGCAAUAUCCAAUUCUACCAUCGACAGAACUUCAACCACCCCCUUAUUCACCUCCAAAUCGUUCUCUACAUUUUCCAAAUUUUACCUCACCGAAUAUUAAUCAAUACCCAUCAAUUACUACUUCUAAGCGUCCUGAGCAACCCUUAACAACUCCUGUAACACCAAACAGGCAAUAUCCUAGAGUUCCAAUAAAUAAUUUCAAACCAACCAGUGGUCGUCCAAAUUUGACUGAUUCCAUCGAUAGUACCACUCAGACAAAUUUUGAGGAUUCAACAGUUCCUCUAAAAAGUGUCUCAAGAACUGGGAAUAAAGUUUUUGCAACAAUGGAUCCAAAUGUGCCUACUGUGUCCAUUGAAGAGACAACAGAUAAUCCAAAAGAUUUUAAUUCUGAUUAUGAUUACGAUGUGGAUGUUUUAGUCGAUAAAGAAAUAUGGAAGCCAGUAUUGGUUUUUGAUAAUAAUACUAAGACCACCACUGAAUCUUCUGUGAUCAUGAAGAUUAAUAAGAAGAAAGUUGACGUAGAUUUGUUCAAUAUCGAAGCUGCUCCAUUUGAAAAUGAGGAACCACCAUUUCCAUCUUAUUACAUACCACCAGUUGAACCAUUGGAUCACUCGAAGAAAGUUACUAUACCAACACCAAUUUCCGGUCAGGUGGUUCGACUUAGGGGUGGUUCGGGUCCACACGACGGCUAUGUCGAAGUUCAAGGGAUGAAUCCUGGCUGGGGAAUUGUUUGUGAUUCGAGAAACAGCUGGAGUUUAAAAGAAGCACAUGUUGUAUGCAAACAACUCGGUUACGUCAGAGGAGCUGAAAUGGCAUGGCAAGGAAGGAACAAUCGAAAUGGUGUGCCAACUUGGAUCGCAGCAAACACUGUCUCGUGUCAAGGUGACGAGGCCAAGUUCCAAUCAUGCAAAUUCACACACGUACAAGAAUGUCGAGUGGAAAGAGACGCAAUAGGCGUGAGAUGCGCGUUAAAUCGUGUAGCUCAUUGCCAUAAGGACGAGUUACCAUACGAAGGAAACUGUUAUCACUUGGCGGAUCCUGAUAGCGGAUUAAAUCACGCUGAAGCGUUGAGUUACUGCAGCCAGAAACAGUCACGGCUUAUUGACAUCACCAGCCAGGCAGAAAACGAUUUCAUCUCCGAGUGGUUGGUGCAACAGCAACCGGAAGUUGCCUCGAUUAUGACUUCCGGCGUUGGUUUUACUACCCUGAAUCGCACCCUCUGGCUGUGGGAGGAUUCCUCUCGAGCGAAAUUCAGAUUUACCAAAUGGUGGCCAGGUUGGAUGGAAGAUAAGAAGGUUCCUCCAUUCGUGGGAUCUCGUCCUCUCUGCUUGGUAAUGAAGCGCAAAUUUCCGUGUCACGAGAGGCCAGAUUCAAUUUGCGUUGCUGAUUACUUCUUUUGGGACACAGAAGAUUGUGCCUCGUCUUCUAAGGGUCAUUCGUACAUUUGCAAGAGACCUUACGACGACAUUGGCUGCAUUUACGGGAAAGGAAGUCAGUAUGCCGGAAAUGCAAAUGUUACAGCAACAGGGAAAGAAUGUCUUCCAUGGAGUGAUCCAAAAGUUGCUCAUCCACUUACAGUAAACGUAGUCAAUCGAGAGAUCAGAGAAAAAUUGAAAACUCACAAUUAUUGUAGAAAUCCAAAUCCGAAUAGGGAGUCUAGACCAUGGUGUUUCACGGGGCCAGGUGGUGAAAGGGAAUAUUGUGAUAUUCCCCCUUGUGGAAAUGUUGGUUCUCCAAAGUCUCUUUUAACUGGCAAAUGCAAACCUAAGCAUUUCGAAUGCAUGCCAGGAGAAUGCAUUCCAUCACCAUGGGUUUGCGAUGGAGAAGAGGAUUGUACAAAUGGCGCAGAUGAAAAGUCUUGCGUUUCGCACAUGGAUUUAUUCCAAAAAUACUCUAAACAGAAACUGGAAGGACACGAUGUUCAAAAGUGGUUGAACACACCAUUGAAAACGUGUGCACUUAGAUGCAAGGAGGCUGAUUUCACCUGUCGAUCUUUCGCACAUAAGACGGCAGGAAAUGUUUGUCUGUUGAGCGACAGCAACGUAGGAAUGACUGGAGCACUGAAACCAAACAAAGAAUACGAUUACUAUGAAAUGAAAGAAAGAAGCAUAAACUGCGAAGGAAUGUUCGUCUGUGAAAAUCGUAAAUGUAUAAACCAAACGAAAGUAUGCAACGGGAAGAAUGAUUGCAACGAUCGUAGCGAUGAAAGUAUUUGUACUGUAGAAAAUUUGGAUUAUGACAUUCGAUUGGCUGGUUCAGAAAAUAAUCACGAAGGCAGAAUUGAAGUGAAAAUUUUGGGCGUAUGGGGUCAAGUUUGUGAUGAUGGUUUUGGAAUGAUUGAUGCUGAUGUGAUUUGCAAAGAACUUGGCUUUGUUCUUGGUGCUUUGGAAGUUAGACCAGGAGGAUUUUAUGGCAAUCUAGAUCCACCGACAAGAUUUAUGGUUGAUCAAUUGAGAUGUCGAGGAAAUGAGACUACUCUACGUGAAUGCGACUUUGAUGGAUGGGGUGUACACAAUUGUGAACCAGAAGAAGCAGUGGGUGUUAUUUGCAAGACAGCGGUGGACAGUUGCCAAGAUGGUCAUUGGAAAUGUGACAAUAGUCCAAUGUGUAUACCAACCGCAUUCAUAUGUGACGAAGUCGUCGACUGUGCAGAUGGUUCUGAUGAGAAUUCUGAACACUGUGACGCGCCUUUUGAAAUCCGUCUAGUAAACGGAAGUUCCCGUCUCGAGGGAAGGGUGGAGGUUCGUCAUCAUGGUAUUUGGGGCACUGUUUGCGAUGACGAUUUCUCGAAUGCAACAGCAGCAGUGAUUUGCAGAUCCUUAGGAUAUGGUGGACGAGCUAUUGCUAAGAAAGAUGGCUUCUUUGGACCAGGAGAGGGACCAAUCUGGCUGGACGAAGUUUACUGUUUGGGAAACGAGACACAGCUGUAUCGUUGCGACCACAACCACUGGGGCCAGCAUAAUUGCAAUCACGACGAGGACGCAGGUGUAAUUUGUACACCUGGAGACAUUGAUGAUUCCGAGUUAUACUGGCAGACAGUGACGGAUGUGCCAGAGACGAACAUCAACGACAUACUUCCUUCGCACUGCGGCAAACGACUAAAAGAUUUCAAUGAAGAUGACGGUUUUAUAUUCGAAAAGGUGGUGCAUGGUUCCAUUGCACCUAAAGGCACCUAUCCUUGGCAGGCGAGUAUUCGUGUUCGUGGACACAGCAGAUCAAACCAUUGGUGUGGUGCAGUGGUUCUCUCACCUUUGCAUGUACUUACUGCUGCUCAUUGCCUGCAAGGGUACAAUAAAGGGACUUACUUCGUUCGAGCUGGGGAUUACAACACAGAGAUAGAUGAAGGGACAGAAGUUGAAGCCAAUAUCGAGGACUAUUACAUACACGAAGAUUUUCGUAAAGGACAUAGAAUGAACAACGAUAUUGCUGUUGUGUUGUUAAAAGGACGAGGAAUUCCUCUGGGCAAGAAUAUUAUGCCAAUUUGUUUACCAACCGAAAAUACUGAGUAUCCACCAGGUCUUAAUUGCACCAUCAGUGGAUUUGGUAGCAUUGAGACUGGAAAAUCAGCUCAUUCCAAAGAUCUAAGAUAUGGUUGGGUACCAUUAUUGGAUCAAUCAGUGUGUCGUGCCGAACACAUUUAUGGUGUUGGUGCAAUUAGUGACGGAAUGGUGUGUGCUGGAUAUCUUGAGGAGGGCAUUGACACCUGUGAUGGAGACUCUGGUGGACCUUUGGCAUGUUAUCAUAAUGGAGCUUUCACGUUAUAUGGAAUUACCAGCUGGGGUCAACAUUGUGGAAAAGCCAAUAAACCUGGUGUAUAUGUUCGAGUUUCUCACUAUCGUCGAUGGAUCGAACAGAAGAUCAAAGAAUCUCUUUCAGGAAGAUAAAGCUUUGCAAAAUCUCAGUACACUUUUACUGGAAAAAUUAAUUACUUAUUACAUGUUCAGUGAUAGCUCAAUACUUAAUCAUCUGAAAUCAUAUUUUUAUAGAUAUAUAUAAGUUAACAUAGAGAAUCACCAUUUCUAUUUUUCUUCGUACUAUUAUUACGUAUUCAAAUAAUAUUAAUCCUUCGAAAGUUAUACAAACACACUUUUGUGCUCUAAAAUAUGUUUGAAAUUAGAUAGAAUAAAUGUAAAUCAUAAAUACUGGAUGCCUAUAAAAAGAAUACUAUUUUACUUAUAUUCUUCAAAAUAAAACUAAAGAAUAGAAGAAUUUGGAGGAAAUUAUUAGAAGACAAAAUCAUAUUCAAAUAAUAACCUUAAUUACCUUAAAUUAGAUUCUACAUGCUUUUGAUGUUGUGAUGCCACAAAGAACACGCCUUGAAGAAACGUCCAUUAAUCUGUAGUUUAUUUCAUAAGACAUCAUCGUUUCUACAAUAAUUGUAAUUGCUGUCUUGUUGCUGUUACAUGUUCGAGCCUAUUUAUGUACAAUAGUCCCAACACAUUCGAUCGGAUAGAAAACAAAAAAGCUGUAAAAUGAAAAUGUUGAUUCGCUUUUUAUAAUAAAAUCGACAUAUGAACAAUUAAAACGAAAUGUUUCGGCGACCUACGUUAUGAGAUUACAAAAAUCCUAUAACAUUAUCAUUGAAAUCGUUGUACGUUUGUUAAAUUAGGUUGAUCGAUCGACAGCUAAAUUGACCCGUAAAUAAUUUCUCUUAUUGACGUUGUUGUAACACUGGCAGUUACGCAGUUACACUUGUUUAUAUUUGUUAAAACAAAAACUACCACCAUGAUUGCAAUGUGAAUUAAAAAAUUCAUGAUAUUUACCUUCUCACCAAAAUUUUGCUUAUCAUGAUUAUCACAAUAACAUUCAUUAAUAUUCUACAAAAAAUUAAUAUUUCAAUAGGACAUUUUCAAAAUUUUAUAUACUAUUAAAACUUUCAAGUAAAAAAUUGUUUACUGACAAAAAAAUUGGUCAGUGAUAAAAAUGUAAUAUAAAAUGCUUUCAAAGUGCAAAACCAGACCUCAAAAGUGAUACUUGAUUAACGAUGUAAAUGGUAUAAUAAUUAAAAAAUAUUUCCCAUUUAUUUUUCAUUCGAUUUGAAAAAUUCAGUACCUUCUAUAAAUUGACAAAUCCAUGUUUUAUUUUAAAAAUUGAUUAAUUAUAGAAACACUAAUGGUAAAAAAGGAGAAUUGAGCUGUCGAUCGUUCAAUCAGAUACACUGAAUCCCUCAUUUUUGUGAUAAAAUCACGAUUUUAAAGAAAUCAUUGUUUAUCUAUUUCAAUGAUCAUCGCCUCGUGAUUUGUCGCAAAAAUGAAUGACGAUCGUCGCGAAACUAUUCUGGAUGGAAUCGAAUGAAUAAAACGGAAUCUCACGCAAGUGAAAUUGAACGAAAACACGCAAAUCUACGUAACACUGUUCGUGCAAUUUAUAAACGUCUUACAAUUAAGGGAAUGUCGACCAAAAAUACGCUUAACACAAAACUUAACAUUAAGUCUAACCCGAAUACUCUUAAUUUAGGCAUAAUACAAUCCGUGUUCUGGUCUGAUUAAAAAACACGACACCUUCUCUUGUAUCCUUAUUUGAUUAAAUUUGAACAAAAUAUAAAAUGAAA